GGAUCCCUCCGCUCUGGGGAGAGCAGCGCUGGACGGUUGAGUUGGGGUGACUGAGGAAAUCCAUCCGCGUCGCCGCCGCUGCCGCCUCCGCCGCGGAGGAAGACAGGACCUCCCGCGCUGCUCUAGCGACCCUUCGCAGAGUCCCACCGCCACAGGCCUCGGGCCAGCGGCGAGGAGCUGUCUCCCCCAGCCCCCGUCCCGCGGCCCCCAGCCGCCCCCAACCCCGCCCCACGGGCCCGGCGCCAUGAGUGAGCUGGAGCAACUGAGACAGGAGGCUGAGCAGCUCCGGAACCAGAUCCGGGAUGCCCGAAAAGCAUGUGGGGAUUCAACACUGACCCAGAUCACAGCUGGGCUGGACCCAGUGGGGAGAAUUCAGAUGAGGACGCGGAGGACCCUCCGCGGGCACCUGGCAAAAAUCUAUGCCAUGCACUGGGGGACAGAUUCAAGGCUGCUGGUCAGCGCCUCCCAGGACGGGAAGCUCAUCAUCUGGGACAGCUAUACCACCAACAAGGUCCAUGCCAUCCCUCUGCGCUCCUCCUGGGUCAUGACCUGUGCCUACGCGCCCUCAGGGAACUUUGUGGCCUGUGGGGGGUUGGACAACAUCUGCUCCAUCUACAGCCUCAAGACCCGUGAGGGCAAUGUCAGGGUCAGCCGGGAGCUGCCUGGCCACACUGGGUACCUGUCGUGCUGCCGUUUCCUGGAUGACAACCAAAUCAUCACCAGCUCUGGGGACACGACCUGUGCCCUUUGGGACAUCGAGACAGGACAGCAGACGGUGGGUUUUGCCGGACACAGUGGAGAUGUGAUGUCCCUGUCGCUGGCCCCUGAUGGCCGCACCUUUGUGUCAGGUGCCUGUGACGCCUCCAUCAAGCUGUGGGACGUUCGGGAUUCUAUGUGCCGACAGACCUUCAUUGGCCACGAAUCAGACAUCAAUGCCGUGGCUUUCUUCCCCAAUGGCUACGCCUUCACCACGGGCUCUGAUGAUGCCACGUGCCGCCUCUUUGACCUGCGGGCCGACCAGGAGCUCCUCAUGUACUCCCACGACAACAUCAUCUGCGGCAUCACCUCUGUUGCCUUCUCCCGCAGCGGCCGGCUGCUGCUCGCUGGCUACGACGACUUCAACUGCAACAUCUGGGACGCCAUGAAGGGUGAUCGUGCAGGUGUCCUUGCUGGCCACGACAACCGCGUGAGCUGCCUUGGGGUCACUGAUGAUGGCAUGGCUGUGGCCACAGGCUCCUGGGACUCCUUCCUCAAGAUCUGGAACUAACAGCUGCCACCCCACUGAGCCCAGGCCAGGAGGGGCCCUGCCCAUGCCCACACUACAGACCGGGAGCUUUGGGGCUGGGUGCACACCAAGCCCCCCUCCCUGGGCCACCGGGCCUUGGGUCCCUGCUCCCCUACCCAGGUUUGGUUCCUCCCGGGGGCCCCCACUGUGGAGAUGAAGAUGGGAUAGAAUGGGGGGAGAGGAGGGGCAGAAAGCCCUCAUCCUUUUGCUGCCCUGGGGUUGGGGCCUCAUCCCUCUGGAGGGCCAGAGGCAGGAGGUAGAAACUCCAGGGGCUGGCUUUUUUAAAACUGGUUUUAUUUUAAUUUUUAUUAUAUUUUCAGUUUUUCCAUAAAGGAACCAAUUCCAACUCUGUA